GAACUAAAAUCGAAUCCGACGGUCGCAUAAACUUGGGCUUGGCAUUCGUCGAAGGCAGGCCAACAGCGGACACACAAACCUUCAUUAUCGCACCCAUCGAAGGAAGGCCAAUUGAUUUACGUAGAUAAAACCAACAACAUAUUGACCAAGCAUGUUCAGGUUAACCACUACCUUAAGCUUUAUGCUCCUGAUCCUGAGUUGUGGCUGGGCGGAGAUAGAGGAGAAGCCCCGGGAAAAGCGUCAGGCGAAUAAGAUUCACAUAACGUUGCUCUACGAGUCCCUGUGCCCUGACAGCAGGCAAUUCAUGCAUCAACUGGGUCCCGUGUACGAAGAGUUCCAGGAUUACAUUGACAUUCUGCUGGUUCCCUUUGGGAAGUCACAUUCCGAGCGAAAUGGAGCGAUCUUUCACUGCCAGCAUGGACCGCCCGAAUGCUUGGGAAAUCGGCUCCAGAGUUGCGUCAUCAACAGCACCGGAAACCAGGCGGCGCAGGUGAAAUUUGUGGUGUGCCAGAUGCUGGCUCCGGACUACUCCCGCGUCGAUCAGUGCGCCAGGGAGGCGGGUCUGCUCAGUGACGUUGACCACUGCCUGUCCAGUGAGACGGGGACCAAGCUGCAGCUGCAGGCGGAGCUGGUGACCAAACAAUACAGGCCAAGCUUCGUUCCCACCAUCGUCUACAAUGGCGUCUUUGAUCAGCAGCUGCAGGACCAUUCGCUGCGCGAUUUCCGCGGCACGGUGUGCCAUGUGUUGCGUCAACAAAACUUGCUGCCCAACAGCUCCGCAAUCUGCCAGUAGAUCUGCUAAAUGUUCACUGUAACUGCCACAAGAUUGGAAUGAAAUUAAAAUUCACUAACUGGUUUCUGCGAUCGAA